AUGUCGGGAAGCGCUGGCUACGAUAGACACAUUACUAUAUUUUCGGAUCAAGGGCGAUUGUAUCAAGUUGAAUAUGCCUUCAAAGCUAUCACCGCCGCCAAUAUCACCUCGCUCGGGAUCAAGGGAAAGGAUUGCGCAGUCGUACUAUCGCAGAAGAAAGUCCCAGACAAGCUCAUCGACCCUUCAUCUGUCACUCAUAUCUUUCAACUGUCCCCGUCGGUUGGAUGUGUCAUGACUGGCUCCAUAGCUGAUGCUCGAGCGUCAGUAUCCAGAGCGCAGAGCGAAGCGGCUGAAUUUCGAUACAAGUUUGGAUAUGAAAUGCCAUGCGAUGUCCUUGCUAAACGGUUGGCGAAUAUCAACCAAGUUUACACCCAAAGAGCGUAUAUGCGACCACUAGGUGUUGCGAUAACGUUGGUAUCAGUUGAUUCUGAAUUGGGUCCACAACUGUACAAAUGCGACCCUGCAGGCUAUUAUGUGGGAUAUCGAGCCACGGCUUCUGGUCCCAAGCAACAGGAUAUCUUUAACCACUUGGAGAAGAAGCUCAAGAACAAGGAGUAUGCGGAGGGAACGUGGGAAGAUGUUGUUGAGCUCGCCAUAUCGACGUUGAGCACGGUACUAAGUGUGGACUUCAAGAAGAACGAGAUAGAGGUGGGGAUUGUUGGAGGACCACGAGCCGAUGGCAAGGAAGGAACACAAACAGAGUUCCGAUCCCUCACGGAGGAGGAGAUUGAUGAACGACUACAGGCGAUUGCUGAGAAGGAUUGA